AUGGUGAGGACACCCACGACUGAUGUUCCAGACCCGGGCGGAGCUGCUCCCCCUGUUGCUCGAGGCCUAGGCAGAGGUCGGGGGAGGGCACCGGCCUGUGGCAAGGGACGAGGGUGUCCCAGAGUUAUUCUAGUCGUACCACCAGCAGACCCCGCGGGAGAUCCUAUUAUUGAGGAGCAGGGGGGGUGCCCGCAGCUGAGCCCACCCCGGUAUCUUCCACCCUCCGAGAGGGAAGAGCUGCGGUAUCAAUUUGAGCAGCUAGAGCAGGGCCAGAUGUCCGUGACUUAUUACGAGGCGAGAGGUGCCCCGGCUAGGGGCAAAGGUCAGUUCUGGAGAGGGCAGCCCAGCAGACCCCCAUAUUCAGCACCUCCACCUGCUCGAAGUGCUCCAGCGCGCCCUUAUUUCGGCGCCAUGCCAGAGAGUCCUCAGGGUUCUUUUGAUUCUUACUUUACUGCUAUGCCGGAGAGUUCACACCGUCCACCGGCCAUUCAGGCUUAUUCCAGUGGAUCUGUAGGCCAUCAGGUACAGCAGGGCCAACAGCCUACGAUUUCAGCACCGGCUGCCCCGCCACCUAGAGGUGGAGGACAAACUGGUAGGGGCCGUCCUAUGGGUAAAGGUCAGGUAGGGAGAGGUCAACCAGCUACUGCUCAGCCAG